AUGUCGGCAGCGACAUAUCUACAGCCCGUAAUGUCACAACCGACCCCCGCCUCGUCUUCGAGACGGCCUGCUCACCGUCCCACAACUUAUUCUGGUGCCGGAAAUUAUCAAUCUCAACAACCCCCACAGGCUGGUUCUACCACCAGCUAUCAUCAUCAACCACCAAUUCAACCACCACCUAGGACAAGCUCUAAUCGUCACCAAGGCGGUUCUGCCAAUCCUGCAUUACAGCCUGUUUCCGUAACCACCAAUUCGUCCAAAGGAUCUUCCUCUAGAAAUCAACAGAAUGAUGGCAGCCGAUCAGGCUCUCGCAGGGAUGGGGAUAAAAGAGCAGUAUCCACAAAUGCCGCCACUGGUUCCUCUUCUCGACAGGAAGGGACUGUUCCCGUACGUGCCGAAAGCACCCGUGAGCCGCCUAGAAGACAAGAUCAGGAACAGGGAACUACGUCGAAUCCAUCUCAACCUGUUCCGCAGCAGCAGUCACAACAAACACAACAGCCACAGCAACCACAAACUAGGCAGGAAAGAAUAGACGCUGCGCGUGCCGAGAGAAACGGCAAUGCCGCCUCGUCAAGGAAAGAGACACGAUUUGGCAAUUAUAUUCUAGGCCAGACUCUAGGUGAAGGAGAGUUUGGUAAGGUCAAACUUGGCUGGAGGAAAGAUGGGGGUGUUCAGGUUGCCAUCAAAUUGAUAAGACGAGACACUUUGGCACCACAUCCUAAUCGAUUGUCUAAGAUUUAUCGUGAAAUUUCAAUUCUUCGAACUCUCUCUCAUCCGAAUAUCGUCAAGCUGUUCGAAAUGAUUGAGAACGAACGACACAUCGGAAUCAUUCUCGAAUACGCUUCAGGGGGUGAAUUGUUCGAUUAUAUCCUUACGCACAGAUAUCUCAAAGAUCCACCAGCCUGCAGGCUUUUCGCUCAGCUUGUUUCUGGGGUUGGCUAUCUCCAUAAGAUGGGAAUUGUGCACCGAGAUCUAAAGCUCGAAAACCUGUUGCUUGAUCGAAAUCGUAACAUAAUCAUUACAGAUUUUGGAUUUGCCAAUGUUUUCGACCCCUUGGACGAUAUCGGCGAAUACGAAGACCGUUUAGAUGAUCCAAAUGUUUUGAAGGAGCUCGAAAGGGGCGUUGGGGAGGAUGGUCGUGGCCGCCGUGGCGAUUUGAUGGCAACCAGCUGUGGAAGUCCCUGCUAUGCAGCCCCUGAACUUGUCGUUAGCGACGGCGUUUAUACAGGGCGAAAGGUCGAUGUCUGGAGUUGUGGUGUCAUCUUGUACGCGAUGUUGGCUGGAUACCUUCCCUUCGAUGACGACCCGGCAAAUCCGGAAGGGGACAAUAUCAACCUUCUGUACAAGUAUAUUGUCUCGACCCCACUAACCUUCCCAGAAUAUGUUACACCGCACGCUAGGGAUCUUUUGAGACGGAUCUUGGUGCCGGAUCCGCGGAAACGUGCAGAUUUAUUUGAGGUUGCCCGGCAUAGCUGGCUCAGCCCAUUUGCAAAUGUCGUUGGGUUAAUCACGAGCUCGACUACGACGACGCAGGAUAUUAUGACGACAACUGUCACUAGUGAUGCACAAGAGCAACCAGUUCUUACCCGAUCUGCCUCUGUCCGCGAGCCGUCUACAACCACUCACGUUCACGCUUCCCCACAGAGCAAUCGACAUCAGGAACAGUCACCAUCAUCCAAAGCUUCCGGUGACACAAAGCGAAAUACCGUUCAGGUUGAGUAUGUGCAACCAAAGACCCAAACAAAGCGGCAGCAGGCAGCAUCAGAACAAGAAAAGGCGUCAAAGAAGGAACGAACCCCCGUUAUCGAAGAAGCAUCAAGUUCGAAAUCGAAGGGUAAGGACAGGGAACCGGAGCAACAAUCACAGCCUUCAUCAUCUGCAGCUGCAGCUAAACCGGCUGUCCCGGAAGAGCAUCGCCACGUUCCUGUCAAUAAGUCCUCUACAUCAGGGGUUCCUCGUACACAAGCUGUGGGAUCGGAUACUGGCAAGUUGCCAACAAAGCAUCAACAACGGGCAACGAGUUACCAGGGCCCAAAUCCCCUCCAUAACACUACUAAGAUUACUGUCGGCGUACCUGUAAUCGAGACACACCCUAUUCCGGCGUCUCAAACCCAAAGUCGACCUACUACAGAAACCCGGGACACUCAAACGGCUGAGUCCUCGCAACCCAGUGUCGCUGCACUCCCUGUCCCACAGACUGGCAACCGCCCUACGUCCUCAGAGACCGCAAAUUCGGCAGUGUCGCGCUCCCAAUCCGUUCGACAAACAUCUUACACGAGAUCCAACAAGAACUCCGAUCCAGUCGUUCCACAACCACUCACAGUUCCAAGCAAAGUCCCUCAACCCGUUCAGAAGAAGCCUUACACAAUAUCGAAUCCAAUACCCCAGGAUCCGGACGCAAUUGGCAUGACGAUGUCAACAUAUGCUCCUGCCAAUCCUCGUGAGUCCGGUUCUGAGUUGUCUAAGGGACACAAGAGGGCCAAUACUGUCGGAGGACCGAGUGCCAGCGCAAAGAUCUUUGAUAAGAUGUUUGGAUCUUCAGACAAGGCUGGAGCUCAGACCGUUCAACCUAGACCUUCUAUGGAUCGACCAUCUGGUCAAAACAGCGCCGCCCAAACACCAACGCCGAGACAGUCGAUUGAGCAAGUCGGAGGUAAAUACGAGACAUCAAAGGGGAAGCGAAGGUUUAGUCUUAUCCCAUCUUGGGCCCACAAGAAUAGUGAUCACGGGAGGAAAUCAGGACAGGGUAAGCUCAUUAAGCAUGAUCGUCGCCUUUCGCGGUCGGCUGGGAACGCAACUGACCCUAAGGGUCUCACAGCUCAAAACAUCGAUCCUCCCGCAUCCUCCCACACCACGAAUGGCUCAUAUGCAAACAUCAAUCCGGAGCCUACUAGCCAAUCGCUAAAUUCGCUUCCUCUUGCGAGCACGAAUAACGGUACAACUGGCUCUGCCACCAACGUUGCAAAUCUAACUAGCAAGAAUCGUAAAUUCGGGGACGCAUACUCGCACGAUGGCCAAAUGUCCGGCAACUCUGGUAGCACGGGAGCAGCAAGAAGAGUCAUGGAUUUCUUUAGGAAAAGGGCCAUUGGACGAAGCAAAUAG